AUGUCACUGCGUCCAGAGACUCCCCGGCCGCACCGAAAGCAACCCGGAAGCCCUGCCAAGAUCCCUCUGCCUUCUCCUCAUGCCAGUACAACUGCUCCUGUGAUAUUUGUACCCCCAAAGUUUCCUAAAGUCAAAACCCAAUCACCUCAAAAGAGCCAAGCGAAUCGUUUUCUGACUAAAUUCUCAACUUUAGAAUCAUGGGAUCCCGAGGAACAGUAUGGCAACAUGGAGCGAAUGUACGAGGAUGUCUGCAAGCACUACAAGCAGGCAAUGGACGAAAAUAUAGAAGCUAAACAGGUAAACAACACAUACAAAGAUGCUAUCGUGAGUCUCGAAGAACAACGUAAAUCCACGACCGAAUCCAUCAUCGAGUUGAGGUGCGAACUAGAAACCACAAAAUAUCGCCUCGAAGCCACCGAACGAGCUGGACAAGAAGACAAGCGCGAUCUGGAAAUUGAGAUUGAAGAACUCAAAAGUCAUCACCGGGUUGAAAUAGAAAGUCAUCGACAGUCUCAUCGAGAUGAUCUGGAUCGUCUCAAAGCAGAUCAUCGUGAGGAAUUACGAGAGUUGAGGAGGCGUCUUGAUGAGGACAUUGACAAAGAGCGAAGCCAACGGAUGGAGGCUCUUGCACAAGCUUCAACCCGAGGUAUUGUUGAAAAACAACAAUAUCAAAUGGACCUCGAGAUCAAGGCUCAAGAGAUAAAGUCCAUGAAGACGGAGGUUGACAGGCUCCAAGCGGACCUGGAAAGAGAGAAACUCCUCAAUGAUGAUUUGCGGACAAGCCUGUCGAAUGCGGGUUUAAAUGCCGCCAAUAUGGAGAGCGCCAGACAAGCACUGCAGGCGAAAGUGGAGUAUCUCGAGUCGGACAGCAAAUCGCAGUCAGAAUCAUAUGCGACGAUGGAGAGAAGAAUGAACGCCGCGAUCGAGAAGGCACGAGAGUGUGAAGACAAACUUAGGAAGGAAGAAAUGCUGCGACGAAAACUGCACAAUCAAGUGCAAGAACUAAAAGGUAACAUCAGAGUUUUCUGCCGCGUGCGGCCUAUCACAGGCGAUGAGGCGGAAGAGCCAGCAAAAAUAACCGUACCGGAAGCCGACGACGAGCCGACUGACAUCGAAGUCAAAGGUCCGGAGGAAACGAACAGUCUCGGAAAAGUCACGACCAAAACACAUCAAUUCUCGUUUGACCGUGUCUUCGACACCACUUCGAACAAUGCUGAAAUCUUCGAGGAAAUCAGUCAACUCAUCCAAUCGGCACUCGAUGGCUAUAACGUAUGCAUCUUUGCAUAUGGUCAGACCGGCUCUGGCAAGACCUACACAAUGUCUUCAGACGAUGGAAUGAUUCCCCAGGCACUGCGCCAGAUUUACAGUACGAGUAAAGAACUCGAAAACAGAGGCUGGAAGUACACCAUGGAGGGCAGCUUUGUCGAAGUCUAUAACGAAGAAUUGCGCGAUCUCCUGGGCAAAGAAGGAGAGAACGAUAGAGCAAACAAGAAGCACGAAAUUCGACAUGAUAUGGCUUCGUGUGAGACAACCAUUACGGAUGUCACCACACUGAACCUCGACAGCCAGGAGCAGGUGGAAGGGAUCCUGGCCCAAGCAAUGUCGAGAAGGUCGGUCGCGGCCACGAAAGCCAACGAACGAAGCAGUCGAAGUCACUCUGUCUUCAUUCUUAAACUUGCAGGUUAUAAUUCAAUUACCGGCCAGAAGAGCAAGGGAACCCUGAAUCUGGUUGAUCUUGCAGGAUCAGAACGGCUCUCUCACUCGAAGGUUGAAGGUGCCAGAUUGAAGGAAACCCAGAAUAUCAACAAGUCGCUCUCCUGCCUCGGCGAUGUGAUUGGAGCUCUUGGUCAGCAACAGGCGGCCGGCGCAUUCAACCCGCGAGACAGUGUCAAUGGCGCCACAUCGACAAGCUCAUCCUCCGCUGGAUCUCAUAUACCGUACCGCAACAGCAAGCUCACCUAUCUUCUCCAGUUCAGUCUUGGAGGAAACAGCAAAACCCUCAUGUUUGUCAUGGUUGCCCCAGAGAAGAAAUGUCUUAGUGAGACUAUCACGAGCUUGAAGUUCGCCGAUAAGGUGUCGAGGACAAAGAUUGGGGUCGCCAAAAAGACGUCUGGACCUGGGAGAUGA